UCCAACCAUCUCGUAUGAGUAAUUUAAUUUUAAAUACCUAAGCUUUGAAAAUCGAUUCUUCCUCAAAAUAAUAAUCAAGACACUAACUAAGCCUGAGACCCUUCGAUACUUAUUACCAACAUUGGAAACACCACACAUGCGAUUCCCGAUAAAAAAGCGUAGCAAAAAAUGAAAGUGUUUUAUUAGCGUUCAUCUUUAACAGACUUUGUAUUACUUAUUGAUACACCAACUAUUUAUUCACACACUUUUUUAGGAAUACCUUAUUAUCUACUGUCUCUAGUGCAUUUGACACUAGUAGUAUAUUACUCUGAAUUUCAAUAAUAUUACAUUAGUAUUAACAUAGAAACUGAGAAUAUGUUUCUUCAAAUCUACAUCGUCGUCGCAUUUUUAGGAGCUUUUAAAGUAGUUAAUUCGAUCACUUCUGAGAAUGAGUAUUUGGCUAACAUUAAACUGGAGAAUGAUUUACGAAAAACCUAUGAUGAUGUUUAUGGAGAAAUAGACGAUAUUGCUACAAAAGCCCAAAAUCGUAAUUGUAGGAACCACAAUAAUCAAAUAAAACAACUGCGUGUAAUUCUUGGCAAACUUAAGUAUCAAAUCGAACUUUUGGAAUUAAAAAAGAAUUCUGUUGGUACGACACCUAAAGAAAAGAUACUAGGGCAGAAAUAUGAUUCAAAAAGAUCAAAGUUGUUAAAAAUGUCAAAAAUAGAUUGCAAGAACAUGCCUUUUUCGGCUCAAGAAGAGGUCGCUGUAGCUGAGCUUUCUGACAAGCUUGCUGUUUUGAAGAAAAAAAUCAACGAAAUCAUGUACAAGAAUAUGGAAUACAAAUAUUAA